UAUUAUCAAAAUUACUUUUUUGACAGUAAUGAAGCCUUUGAAAAUGCUUGUAUGGAGUUUGACGAAGAGAAGUUGAAGCCAACUUACAAGAUUCUCUGGGGAAUACCAGGUUUUCUCUUGCAUACAUGACUAGUAAUAGUUAUUCUACAUCUGUUUGUGCAUGCAAGAAUGUUCUUAUUUUCUGCCCUGCAAUUACAACAUAGCAAGACCUGACAUCUUUUAUGUUUUAUUCAACAGUUUCUAAGUUUUCCCUGCUUAUGCAGUCAUCUUGGUGUUUAAGGAGAUAGAGAACUAGUUGGAGAAUAAAGAAAUCUUCAACAACAAUUCUAGGCAUAAAUCAUCUCCGGUCGUUCAAAUGCAAUAAAUAUAGCUGAAAGAUUGGGAGUACCCAGCACAGUUGUCGAUAAUGCUCGUGAAAUAUAUGGUACUGCUAGUGCAGAGAUUGAUGAGAUGAUAAUUGAUAUGGAAAGAUUCAAGCAAAAUUUUCAAGAGCUUAUGGCUGAGGCACGACGCUAUCUUAUGCUGUCAGGGAGUUCCCAUGAAAAUCUAUUGCUUACCAGAAGGAAGCUUAUGGAGCAUGGUGCCACUCUAAGAUAUAGGAAGGUGCAAGAAUUAUCAGAUGCUGCUGCAAUAGCACGUUCUAGCAUUCACAGAAAGGUCCAGCAGUUUCGUGCAACUGCAAGACAACAGUCUCAGCCAGUUAGAGCAAGCCAGCUCAGUGUUACAAGUAAAAGCAAGGAUGAAAAGGUAGUUAAAACUAAAAAUUCUGCGACAAGUAGGAGUUCAUCCUCUGUUCAAGUCGUCAAACAGUUGCAAUCAGAAAAGAAAACUGAGCUUCCGAAGGUUGGUGAUGUGGUGCAUGUUUCUUCACUCAGAAGGAAAGCAACUGUCUUAAGAGUAGAACCAUCUAGAGAACAAAUAGUAGUUCAAGCUGGCAACAUGAAGCUGAAGUUAAAAUUAAAUGAAGUUGAGACAUGAAUGCUAAGAUAAGAUUGCAUCCAUGCACGAAAGCAUAUUAACCGCUUGAUAUUUUCAGUUGAUGCUAUCCUUCUGUAGUUCAAGUCAUUAGCCUAUAAUUAGACUUUUGUGCAUGGUAGCAAAGAGAAAAAGUAAACAUCAUUUUCAUGCUUUGAGGAAUAUGACCUUUCUUAGGGCAAAAGUAAGGAGUGAAUCCAUUUUUGCUUAUUUAUAACAAUAAUAUGAACCAACAACUUGUUGGUUUUAGUGGAAAGAAUUCGGUUUCCUUUAAGCAAAAUCUCAAAUUUGAGUUUUAUGAAUGAAAAAAUUGGUGUUGG